AUAAAAACCCUUCUCACCUACUUAAGUCACUUUAUUUGCCAUACAGGGUUUGCAUUUGCACCGCCGUUCAGGCAAUUGAGGUUCAACGGAACAGUAGGAGCCCCCGCCGGAAACCAUGGGUAUUUCACGGGAUUCGAUGCACAAGAGGCGUGCAACUGGAGGCAAGAAGAAGGCGUGGAGAAAGAAGAGAAAGUAUGAGCUUGGAAGACAACCAGCAAACACAAAGUUGUCAAGUAACAAGACCGUGCGUAGGGUGAGGGUCAGAGGAGGUAAUGUGAAGUGGCGUGCCCUGAGGCUGGAUACAGGGAACUACUCUUGGGGAAGUGAAGCUGUGACCCGGAAGACUCGUAUCCUAGAUGUGGUGUAUAAUGCGUCAAAUAAUGAGUUGGUGAGGACUCAAACUUUGGUGAAGAGUGCUAUUGUGCAAGUGGAUGCUGCACCAUUCAAGCAGUGGUAUCUGCAGCACUAUGGAGUUGAUAUUGGCAGGAAGAAGAAGGCUGCUGCCAAGAAGGAAGGAGAGGAGACUGAGACUGCUGCUACUGAAGAGGCAAAGAAGAGCAACCACGUCAAGAGAAAAAUUGAAAAGCGUCAACAGGAUCGCAAACUUGACCCACAUGUGGAGGAGCAAUUUGGCAGUGGCCGUUUAUUAGCUGCAAUCUCCUCGCGUCCUGGCCAGUGUGGCCGUGCUGAUGGGUAUAUUUUGGAGGGCAAAGAGUUGGAAUUUUACAUGAAGAAACUGCAGAGGAAGAAAGGGAAGGGUGCUGGUGCUGCCUAAACCUGUCUUGGUCAUGUGAAAGUUUCCCACCCAAAACGUUGCCCUCGGAUUUUCCUUUUAGUUUUCUUUUGCUUGAGCUUUCUAGUGUUGGAUUGACCUAUUCAAUUGUUGCACUGGUGAAAUUUUCAAGGAGGAUUAUGUUUAUUUUUCUAGAAAUGGUUUGAAUUGUGUUCGUAGUAGACCAUCACUGGAGUAUAUUAUGUUCCUUUAAUAAUUUCUACCUACCCACCGACAGCAGACAUCAUACUUUUGUGUGUUUAUGAGCACAUCAAGCAUCGUCUGACUAUUUUUGUCUUGGAAGAAUUAAAGUAUUUAAUGGAUAAAUUUUCCUUUUCUAA